AUCGAAGAUUCGUGCCAUGAUGUAAAAACACUAUCGUAUCAUUGUCAAUCUCUCGAUUUGAAAGUGUUCCUAUCCCACGUGUCUUUCCCAAUGUUCAAUGUCAGCGAUGUGACCUACGUGAAAGUAACACGAAAUCGACUUGUGUACUCUUGAAAUUUUUAUUGUACGCGAUUUCGUAUCGAUUUUGACGUAAAAAUUUUUUCGCGCUCUGAAAAGUGACGGUGAUCAAAGAUAUUCAAAACUACCACUCUCUAAAUCUUGUAGAGUGAAAAAUUGCACGAGUUUAAUUUUCGCUCUAAUGGAACUGAAUUUUGACUCUUGCUAGAAUGGCAAAUCACCCUGAAAAUUCUAAACUUAAUUUUCACUCUACACAAGAUUUAGAAAGUAUAUUUAAGUAAAUCGAGAUGACCUUAUAUAAGAACGUAGAAGUGACCACGUAACUAACCAUUUAUUAAAUUCACAAAAUUUAUUCCUUAUUCGCAGAAGUAAUUUGACGUGGAAACGAUUGCAUAAAAUUACAUAAAUCAAACGAUAGAUUAUGUACUCUGUAAAUUUCCUAAAACAAAACGUCACUUUUUAAAAGCGUGAGAACUUGGCCUGUCUCUUAUAAAAUAACAGACAAAGUGGCAAAUCGUUCAAGAUAAUCGCACAAGUUCGAUUUUUUUACCCUACGAGAUUUUAGUGCUCUAUAGCGACGAAACUGAGCCACCUCGAAAAGCUCAUAAUUAUUGUACAUCUCGCGUCCUCGAGAUAUUGCGAGAGAGAUGUCCGGGCGUCGAAGGCCACCCGGCAGUUCCGAAUCCGCGGAGAAGCGGAGAACGGUUGCUCGCCAUCGUCCGAGCAGUGAAAGUACCAUACGUCCCCCCUUUGUACCCCGAGUACGGGGGGACUGUUGCUGAUCUCCCGUGCAUGUACACCGCACGCGGGCCGCGUGUACAUACUGGUACUUGAGAGCGACCCUGACUAGCCGUCGCCACCGCCACCGCCGCUGCCGCCGUAACCGCUUCGCAAUCGCGACGCGCUCGCUCGCUCACUGCCAGUGCUCCGCUCGGCGCGCUCGGUGCGGUCGAUCGAAACGCGUUAUUGCGGCCCGACUUAUACAACGUGCGGCGGAAACUCGCACACGAAGAGUGCGCCGAUGCGUCGGUAGGCCCCCGACCACGAGGGACACGUCAAUGACUCUCCGUCUCCUCGACUGUCCGCAAAACUGUCGAUCGCCGCUCCACACGAGGAAGCAGGUGUUGUGCACAAAAGAUCUACACUGUUUGAAUGAUGAAACUACUUGCAGGCGUAGAGGAGGUUAGCGACCACUGUGAAAAAGAGCCCAAUAAUGGCCAACUGCACAACAAUAAUAGUCAUGAAAAGCAAUCUGCGAUAGAAUUGACGCAAGAAGCGAGCAAGCCGCUCGUCAACGAGGGAUGCGAUUCGACAGCCAAGAGGGAAGUUGCCCCGGAAAAAGAAGAAAAGCUGAGACGUUUGCUUCGGUUCGAGGAAGCACCUCAAUUUCUUCAGCAUAAUCCUUACAUAUUGUGCGGUUAUCGAGGUUGCUUGACCACCAAACUAUGUCUCGAGAGUAUAUUUUGGUGGACGAACGAAACCGUAAAUAUUUGGAGUCACAUCUUUGGCUGGAUGCUGUUCUUUGGUUUGACUCUAUAUGAUCUCUGUCUACUGAACAUUCAUGCGCCAUUUGGCGACAAAGUGAUUGUGUCCUUGUUGCUUCUUUGCUUUCAGAUAUGCAUGAUCCUGUCGUCCGUAUAUCACACGUUCUCGUGUCGAAGCGAGGCGGACUACUGGUGCUUCCUGUCCUUGGACUUAUUCGGUAUUGCUUUGAGCAUGCUGUCGAUAUAUAUGUCGGGGGUCUACUAUGCUUUUUGGUGUCAUAAGGAUCUGCAGCGGUUUUACCUCUCAACCGUGCUCGCGAUCUUCAUUUUCGCAAUGAUACUGCAAAUACCGAAGCUGAACAUCGACAGCAACAUUAAGCUAGCCGUAUUCGUGAGCUGGGCGAUAUAUGGCGUACUGCCAACUGUGCAUUGGACCUUUGCGAUGGGUGGCUUUGAUAACCCGAUCGUUAAAAUGCUCAUUCCGAGGGUGAUAGGAAUGUACUUUAUUAACGCGAUAGCAUUCGCAUUCUACUUGCUCAAGAUACCCGAACGUUUCUAUCCAGGAUGGGUAGACUAUGUCGGUUCGUCGCAUCAAUGGUGGCACGCGUUGGUUGUGCUAGCCCUUUAUUAUUGGCACAAUACCGGAAUGCUUUAUGUGGAAUACAGAAUGAAUCACGGAUGUCCGAGCAAUAUGGCAUUAUGACAUACGGAUUCCGGCGACCAGCUAGAAUCUGUCCUCGCCAUGGAUUGUUCCUGCUUAUCAAAGACGGAUACUUGGUCGUCGUGGCUUACGGAACCCCCGUUUUAUAGUAUCUUAAAGAAUUCGUCUUGCGAGAUACAAAAUCCACUGCGCGUGUACGCACAUCGAUAGUCGUAACACGUACACCUUUAGGAAAUAUACGUUGCGACGUUCCGAAUAGAAAGAGACUCUCACUGUGGAUGAAUAAUCUAUAAUAUUCCCAGCUCUAUUUAUAUUUAUUCAUGAUAUUAUUAUUUAUACUUGUCUCAUAAUAGUUAAUUUUAUUUCAAAUGUUUUUUUCCUUUUUAAUCUUUAAUUCUAGCACAGGAUUAAAAAUAAGACUAAAUUUAAUAAUAUUCAAGUUUUUAACAUACGUUGCACACGCACUCUGCGUUUUUUUUAAUAUUAGACUAAAGAAUUUUUUAGAUUUAUGAAAUAAUUUGAUCAAAUAAAUUGAUUUACAAGAUAACGAAUAAAUUUUUAAUAAUUAUAAUGAUACAAAAGAUAAUUUUUUCAUAAAACUAUUUCAUAAUUGUUUCCUAUUGAAAUUAAAAGUAAUCCUUUGCUUUUAGAAACAUACUUCUGUUAAUUAUUUUUUAAAAUCAUGUUUCAAGGAGGUAGGGAAUUUCAAACUGUUUGCUAUAGAAUAGCCUAUAAACAUAUUACUGUUAUACAUAUAACGUUAAACAUUAUAUGUAAUACUUACGUAGUUAACUAUAUACGUUUUUAUAUCUAUAUUAUAUAGCAAUUAUAUUCGAUAUUUUCUGGAUAUAAAUGCAUCUCUUGUACGUCUUGUAUGUACAUAUUUUUUAUGAAUGAUAUUACAAGUAUCGGACGAGGUUUUUAUUUCUGGCACAAAAGUGUGUCUUUCUUUCGUUGUUCCACUUUUUUGUGAAUGAUGUUAGAAACAUCGGGUCGAUUUUUAUUGAGUGGAUUUUUAUUUCUGACGCAAAAAAAAUGAAUCUUUUUCGUCAUUUCUGACGAAGAACUGUUUAUAUCUCUGACGAUGUUAACAAAAGAUUAGCGAUUGAUCAAUCAAAGCGCACUGCGACACUGAGAGUUGCUUUGCAACACACCAAAGUCGAGAUAUUAGAUAACUUUUGAAAUUUCUAUUACACUUAAUGUACACUUAUGCGUAAGUUUUGGAACUCGGAUACAGAAAUAGGGUUUACAUACCAAAAUAUCGAAUAUUGUAUCCUUAUUUGACUGACAAUCAUUUCAAUACAAACGUUGUAUUUUGGAGCAGUCUUUACACAAUCUAUUAUACAUACAAAUAAAUAGUUAAGUGAUAAUAGAUGUAAUGUUGAAACAAUGUUGUUCCCUAAAAUGUUGAAUAAGAAAAAUAAAUAUUUUCUUUAUAAAUAAAA